AUGAAGUCAUCGCCUUCUUCGUCUUCUUCGCUCUCGCUCGGCUCAAAGACUCAUACUUUCGGCUGUAUCUCUCUCAUUCUUCAGAGAUUUCUCUGUUCCGGUGCCUCUUCUACGUACCCAUCUGAUCAAACCACUGAACCGGGUUUCGAGUCUCCUGAUUUCGGCUUCGAACCAGCUAAAGCCAGAGAAGAUGGUGAGCCAGGAGCUGUGGCGAGGCUCAUGGGUUUGGACUCGAUUCCCAUCACUAACAAAACCAGAGUCGUCUCGAGGAGCCGUUCGGUGAAUUCUGCUGAUUAUGUGGAGAGGGACAAGGAUGUGAUUCAGGGAAAGCAUAGAAGAGUAAAGUCCAGUAUGGAUUCACACAAGCUUAUGGAGUAUGUUGAGCUUCAAGACGAUCAUUUCUUCAUUCUCAGCUUCGAUAAGGAUAGAAAUGCGAAGGGUUUUGGAGAACUGAAGCAGUUGGGAACAGGAAAAUGUAAGAAGAGACGAGAAGCAAGAGAGGAUCAAACACGCAUAAAGGCUAAAGAGAACAACAUCAACGCCAUGAACGUUUCACCAGGACGUGAAACUGAAGAAUUGAAGCAGCGUAGAAAGGAGAAACGUAAGAACAGAAGAAAAAGAAGAGAAAGUAAGUUGAGACAGAGCAUCCAGAAGGAGGAUUUCAUCAAGAGCUGUGAUCGCUGGUCCAGAGAUGGCGAUUUAGCCAAUUGUGAAGUGAAAUCAACGAAGGAAGAAGAAAGCUGCGAUGAGGAUUCAAGCCCUGUCUCAGUUCUUGAUUACGAUCGGUUCGCUGGUGUUCGACUAACUCCAGAAUCAGAUAACACUUCAAGAAGACGUUUAUCUACGGACCUCGAAUCAACUCAGCGUAAUGAAACAAUCCAAGAAGAUCAUAACACAUGGAGAGAGUCCAGCGUUCAACAUAAUGGCUACCAAGAGAUGUGGCUCAUGAUUUGCAGACUUACUGUGUAUGAGAUUGAAGGGACUAAUUGGGUUUACGGCAAAGCUUCAAAGCUCAAAGAUUUGGAAGGAAGCAUAAGCGAAGAUAUAGUCUCAAACAUCUUAGAUCAACUCUUAGAAGAAACAAUUGUAACACUUUCCCUAACUUCACAAGUGUAA